UAAACGUUGAGCUACAACUGAACUUAAUUUGGCAGUGACAAUGUGCGAUCAAGAAAACACGCCCGCUUCCGAGCAUGGGGCUUGCGUCUGUCCGAUAUCAAGAUACCCGGCCAUGACUCGCUUGAGAUGCUCCUCAGUCCCCGAGUACAACUCGGAAAAUCGACAAGACCGGCCAUGGCAAGACUGGCCAAGAGCUCUAGAAAGAGGUGCAGGCGGUGGUGGUCAUCUGUCUCGGAGAACCUCCAGAAAGGCCAUCUCUGGCAGCGCAUUUUAAAAAACACACUAUGCAUUGCUAUCAUGUGGGCUCUCGGGCUCAUUCCCGCAGUCAUUCAAGUACUGGGCUCCUCAACCUACCUUGGAGCCAUGGUCACGGUCUUCGGGUACCCGGGCCAGCGAUUUGGACAAAUGGCUGAAGCUCUCUUCCUGAUCUUCACGGGAACGGCAUUUGGACUGGCUUAUUCUAUACUUGGGCUCUAUCUGUCGAGUCUGGUUUAUGGGACCAACAUCAGUGCGGCAUAUGCCAUUCGAGCCGUGUUUUUCGCCCUGGCCGUUAUAUUUCAUGGUAUCCUCCGAUCAUCAACCCCGAGAUUGUUCUUGUUCGUCUUCUUCUACCUCCUUAUAACUCUGACCGUCUUGACGACAACGGCUACGGUGGUCUCAGCAACAAUUGCUACCCAGAUAUCUUAUCCCAUUCUCACGGCUCUAGCUGCCGUUCUGCUGAUCAAUGUGGCUGUAUUCCCCGAAUCUUCCAGUGGAUUCUUAGGAAACACUGUCAUUGAGACACUGCACGAUACAACAAGAUGUCUUGAGGAUGCAGUAGAUUGGUUCGCUACAGCACGUAACGAAAUGACUCCGGAACUCAAGCCAACGGCGCAAGAUGAUACCGAGAAAGGCCCGGAAAUCACUCUGCGUACGCGGCUCAUUUCGUUGACGGAUAGGAAACCGAAAUUGAGAGCAAAAUUUGCUGGUACCAAGAAGGCUCAAGGAGAAUGCAACUUUGAGGUUGUCUAUACUGUUCUACCACCUGAAUCGUUGAAACCAAUCAGCAUGACCUCAAUGUCAAGAUUAGUACAAACUACUAUCAGUGUCGUCAAUGCUUGUGAAAGCAAGUAUGCCAUGCUGGGAGAGGAUCAAGACACCGAUAGUAUUGAAACUGCAGACGCGGACAGUCAUUCCGAAGAUAGUGACUCAAGCGCUAGCUCGGAUGAUAGCGACCAGUCAUCGGAUAUUGAGUCAAGCAGCUCCUCAGUAGCUUCAAAGAGUGUUCGUCACAAAUCAAAGCAUAUUCGCAAUCUAGAACUUGUGAAACCUAUCCGGGAGAUAGAGUCAGGUGACAUCGAACUUUUUGACCACAUUGUAUCACAAGUUCGUGGUCCUUCAAAGAUUCUUCAGCAUCACAUGCACGAAGCCGUGGACUUGAUCACUUGUUCUCUAGCUUAUUGCUACGAUGUUGCAAAAUUGCCAUCUGGUGCUCGGGCACCAAGUGGAAUAACUCUUGAGGAGAUUGAUCUGCGUAUCAAAAUCUUUGCAGAAGCAUUGAUAAUGUUUGACAAGAACUCGGCUGAGGCACUCGAGCAUGCCGCGGCUAUAGCCUACAGAGGAUCACAGGUCGACGUGAUGCCGCGAAUGGAGACGUUCCUAAUUAGCUCAUUCUUGAUUACCUUGAGGCAGGCAGCAUCUCAGAUCAAUCAUAUAUUAGAGCACUCUCGACAUCUAGUUAAGAGAAGGCAAGCUCGAAACGAUCAACGGAGACUUUAUUUUCCUAAGAUAAGCUGGAUGAAAUGGUUAAAGACCGGAGGUGAAAAGGACAUCAAUGCUGUACCAGAUGAUGCUCGCAAGGCGGCCAGGGCUGGCCGUGGAGAUGACAAACAAGGUACUCGGUCCGGCGAAACCGAUUCUUCAACAAGCAACGAAAAGCCUUUCGAGCAGCCCGGAGAAGAAGUUGGCCGGCCGCCGCAUGAGCAGCAAGUGAAAUUUCCUUUUCAGGAGAGGAUUCCACAAAGGAAAGGACUGCAUAAUCCUAACGCUAGUACCGCUCUAUGGCUUCGGGGUCUUGCUGCCGAUGUCAUAGAGUUCGUCGCCGACUCUGACGACUUAGCUUUCGCUCUGAAGAUGAGUGUGGCCGGGUGGUUAAUAACCUGGCCAGCCUUUGUCCCCUCGCUUAAUGCUUGGUAUGUUUCUAUGCGAGCGUCGUGGGCCACCCUGCAACUCAUACUUGUUUUCGAGGUUUCUGUGGGCACCUCAAUUCAAGGUUUCCUGUUAAGGGUUAUCGGCGUAAUUUAUGGCUGCGUAGCCGGUUUCCUUUCCUACAGGAUUGGUCAAGGAAAUCGUGUUGUUGUUGUAGUGGUAUUAGUGAUUGCGUCUCUCCCAGCCGCUUACACUCAUCUGGGAACACCUUAUGUCAAGACUGGGAUCAUUUCGAUUGUGAGCAUGUCUGUCGUGGGAUUGGCAAGUACCGUUUCGCCCGACGCCUAUCCAUGGGAGAUUUUCCUCAAGAGAAUGAUAUGCUUUCUUAUAGGGGGCACAAUUGCACUCAUAGUUGAGCUGGUUCUUUUCCCGGUCCGCGCUCGUGACCGGCUCGUUGAAUCCCUUGCAUCAGCGAUUCAGCAGAUCUCGAAUAUGGAAGCUUCGGUCGCAAUUGGAAUAGAGACGCCCAAGUCGAUCGACUUGCAAUCAGAAACUCUCAACGCAAACUUUCACACUGCAAAGGAGAAAGCUGAGGCAGCACUUACGGCAGCGCAAACAUUUUUGCCUUUCACACUCACUGAGCCGCGUUUGAAGGGCAGUUUCACGGGACAAGCAAUGAUAUAUAACGAGAUGAUAUAUGUCUUACACCAGAUCAUUGAUCGCAUGGAUCAUGUACUGCACAUCAGAAAGGUCUACGGCAGCAGUGUUCUUGAAGAAUUGAACGAAUUCGUCCUACCCUACCGGCGCAACAUGGCGGCAAGUAUCACACUGACCCUGUUCGCGGUUCACGAAGCUUUGACUACGAGAUUGCCUCUGCCGCAAUUUUUACCAUCGAGUCGCGUGGCGCAUCUGCGUUACGUAAGUCGGGUUAGAGAGGUCAUGUUCGAGCGUAAUACACCGGCCCCAAGCAGAGCACCAAGUAUCCACCCUGGGGCGGAUUCGCAGAGAAGUUCGAGGGUUCCGGAAGAGAACGUCUUGAAGUCUGUCACAAAGCAGAAGUUUCUAUCAUGGAAUGCUGGCUCCGCUGGGAUGAUUGAAAUUAUCGAAUACCUCGAAGAGCUUGUUGAUCUAGCAAAGUUGCUCGUAGGAGUCAAUGCGUUCCGAACAGGUAUGCUGGAGCGUCCCAAAUUCCACGAGUACAUUGCAAAGAUCAAGGCUCGCGAGCUUCGCUCGGCAACUGCGGCGGAGACCGAGCAGACUGUUGAGAGAAUCAAGAGCAAUACCAGCGCGAAUAUCCGCCGGAGACGGGGCUACUCAUCCGGCCGCGCAGACUCGCAGGGUACAAUGUCAGUCAAACGAACAUUGUUCGCUGGUCGCAUGGGCGCAGACGCGGCGGUAGACACGGAUUCAGAAGAAGACGCCGUUGAUGAGUUACCCAUGAGCUUGCAGCGCGUCCGAACUAGGAGAAUGGAAGAGCAAAAAGCUGAGAGGGCCAGAAGAGCUAGUUUGGUCGAUCCUAAGGGAAAAGGUGUUCUGAGGAAAGCCAGGACAUUCGAAGCUCUUGUGUGAUAUUAUAGCAAAAGUCCUUGUUACGGCUAUAGAGCCGGGCGAACUGUAAAGAUUUGUAAUGACAGACCCUCGGGUUUACUUGGUCGAUUCUCAUUCAAGCUUGUUCUUCUUUCACAUAUUAUGCUGCUGGCUUUGAUUCGUUCACGGGCGUAGAAAAAGAAGAUAUCCUCCGCACUAUAACGCUCUAUUAUCAACCGGAACUUCUCA